AUGGGGUGCAGAGCAUGGAGAAUGAUGAACUUCCGCCAGAGGAUGGGCUGGAUUGGUGUGGGGCUGUACUUGCUAGCAAGUGCUGCAGCUUUUUAUUACGUCUUUGAAAUCAAUGAGACUUACAACAAACUAGCACUGGAGCACAUUCAGCAACACCCCAAGGAGCCACAGGAAGGAGCCACAUGGACACACUCCCUAAAAGGGAGGGUCAUCGCCGCCCGCCGCCGCGUCCACGUUAUUUUCAUCUUCGCCGUCAUCCUCCUCCUCGUCAUCGUAGUCAUCGUCAUCCCCGCCGCCACCUGCCGGACCCCCGCCGUGAAGCGGCAGGCCCUGUACGCCUGCAGCACCUGCACGCCGCCCGGCGCAGAGCCCGCGGGCAUCUGCCUGGCUUGCAGCUACGAGUGCCAUGGCACCCACCGCCUCUUCGAGCUCUACACCAAGAGGAAUUUCCGCUGUGACUGUGGAAAUAGCAAGUUCAAAAAUCUGCAGUGCAAGUUACUCCCGGAAAAGGGCAAGGUGAAUUCAGGAAAUAAAUAUAAUGACAAUUUCUACGGAUUGUACUGUACAUGUAAAAGACCUUACCCUGAUCCUGAAGAUGAGAUUCCAGAUGAGAUGAUCCAAUGCAUAGUUUGUGAAGACUGGUUCCAUGGAAGGCAUCUUGGUGCAGUUCCCCCUGAAAGUGGGGACUUCCAUGAGAUGGUGUGCCAGGCCUGCAUGAAACAUUGCCAUUUCCUAUGGGCUUAUGCAUCCUGUUUAGCAGUUCCUCCUUUGACCAAAGCAAACUCCCUUGAAGAUGCAGGGAUUGUCCUGAAGGCAGAGGAAAAUGAAGAGCAGAAGAAAGAAAUAAAAAAAGAAAGUGGAGUGGAACACCAUGACACAAAAGAGGAAAAGCAAUUGGAACAAUUUAAUGAACCAUCCACUAGCUCUGGGUCUGCCUGUCCUGAGGUAGUUACUAAGAGCGAGGAGCCAGUCUGCAAGCUGAAGGAGCUCCAAAGCAAGCCAUUUGUGAAAAAAGAUACUGCCACCUUUUGGCCAUCAAACUGGAGGAGCAAAUUAUGCACUUGUGAAGACUGUUUGAAAAUGUAUUCAGAGCUUGAAGUCCAGUUCCUGACAGACGAAUGUGACACUGUUUUGGCUUAUGAAAAUAAGGGCACCAGUGACCAAGAGACAGAGAGGAGAGAUCCUUUAAUGGACACCCUUAACAGUAUGAACAGAGUCCAGCAAGUGGAACUCAUCUGUGAAUACAAUGAUUUAAAGACAGAACUGACUGACUAUCUCAGGAGGUUUGCAGAUGAGGGAACGGUGGUUAAAAGAGAAGACAUUCAGCACUUCUUUGAAGAGUUUCAGUCUCGGAAAAGACGACGGACUGACAGGAUGCAGUACUACUGUAGUUAGACUGAGAGAGCUUGGGUCUGAAAGAACGCCUGGCAAAAAAAUGUUCACUGGCAAACAGAAAAGGCAUCUUCAGUUUUUGGCUUCUCAUCAAAAUCUGCUGUCCAAGAAACAUCAUGAUUUUGUCUUACACUUCCUUCAUUCGUAGCACCUAAAACACGUUCGUAUCCAAUCCUUACAUUGCACUUAGGGGGUUUUCAGUACCGAUCGACUCUGCAUUCCCGUGAAAGCCCUUGUCUCCAGGGGAGGAGGGCUGUUCCCGGGGCUGUGUGUCCUGCUCCUUCCCUGCGUUCGCCUCUCCUGGUGGCUCCAGGAACUGGGGCCGUGGCUGUGCUAGGCCCGCCCGGGCCCCGCCCCGCCCUGCCCCCGGCGGCAGGGAACGCUCCCGGCUUUCCUGCGGGAGUGGCUCUGCCUCUCCCUUCGGGCUGCAGCGAUUCUGGUGAGGGCCCAGCACCAAGGAGGAGCCCGUUCCUGCCCUGGGCAGACCUGGCUGUGGCUGAACCCAGCGCUGUUGCCUCCCCCUCCCCGGGUUGCUCACAAAUGGGAAAGCAGAACUCAGGCUUGAUCCAACAGUGUUCCAUCUGGUUUUAUACAUUUAAAAUACUUAUUGCACAGGGAUGGUUUCCAUGGCAAAAAAAAUUGUCAGGUGAUCUCAAUUCACUCCUCCGAACAUAAAAAAUAACUAGGAGGAGGUACUAAAUUACAAACUAAGCAUGGGGGGGGUUUGUUAUAUGCUUUGAUUUUAAAAACUAGCCUACAGCAAAUUAUUCUACCUUAUAAAUGUUGCUGAAAACAGUGCAGCAUCCUGGUAUUUUGCUACAGUAUGGAAUGUUCUUUUUAUAACCACAGUGAUAAUCAUGGGACAGGAGAUGUUUCACUGACUUUUAAGACUACACUUAGCUGCAAUUAAAAAUUAAGAUUUUGUAAGUUUGGAUCCUAAUGUAGUUAGACCCCAAAACAUACGUUGAAGUUCUAGUUUUUGAGGGUUUGUAUAUCGUGGGGUACUAUCCUGCUACAUUCUACUAUCAUUCUCACUAUUAACUGUUUCUUUAUUUACAAACAGUAGUUUAGCAUAGAUGCUCAGCUGAGCAGUUUCAUAGAACGUAGGAUAUGCUGAGUGGGAAGGGAGUCAUGAGGGUCAUCACAUCCAACUCCUUGCUCUGCAUAGGACAGCCCAGGAGUCACACCAUGUGCCUGAGAGCAUUGUCCAAACACUUCUUGAACUCUGUCAGGCUCGUGCUGUGACCCUUCCCUCGGGAGUCUGUUCCAGUGCCCAGCCACCCUCUGGGUGAAGAACCUUUCCCUGAUAUCCAACCUAAAUCUCCCUGACACAAUUUCAGUCCAUUCCCUCAGUCCUGUCGCUGCCACCACAGAGCAGAGCUCAGUGCCUGCCCCUCCUGUACCCUCACAGGAAGUUGUAACUGCGGUGGGGUCUCCCCUCAGUCUCCUUCGGGCUGAACAGACCAAGAGACCUCAGCCACUCCUCCAAUGGAUUCCCCUCAAGGCCCUUCAAGGCCCUGGCCCUUCCUUGGACACUCUCUAACAGCUUUGUAUGUAUUUUAUAUUGUGGUGUCCAAAAUUGCCCCCAGGACUCGAGGUGAGGCCACGCCAGCAGAGAGCAGAGUGGGACAAUCCCUCCCUUGCCUGGCUGGUGGGGCUGUGCCUGAUGCCCCCAGGACAUGGGUGGCCCUCCUGGCUGCCAGAGCACUGCUGACUCAUGCUCAGUGUGUCAUCAACCCCCAGGGCCCCUUCCUAGUUGCUUUUAAUUUAACUUUGGGUCUUGUACAUGGUCUUUUUUUUGUAGCAACUGUUAUGGGAGCUGUAACUGCAUAUCUAACUACAAUAUAAAAAAUUAA